AUGCCUACCGAUGACUACGAUGCGCGCGCCCUCGCCCUCCCCAUAGACGAUGAUUCCGACGACCUUGCCAACAGCCCUGCCUGGACCAGACGAUCCGCCUCCUUCCGGCAACGAGGCAACUCCCUCUCCAGCAACCACCACCACGAACAGUCCUUCAGUCGGCGGGCAUUAAAGAACGCCGGCAAGGCAUAUCGCCGCUUCGCAAGCGCGUACGAUCGACUAUCCACCACGAAGAAGGUCCUCGUCUCCAUUACGGGACUCAUCAGCCUCGUACUCUCCAUAUUAUUCCUCGUCUACAAUGAGCGCAUCUUCAGCUCGCUCCUGCCUGUCGCAAAGAAGUGGAGAGAUAUUAGGUUCGGCUGGGUGAUACUAUGGGUCUUGAUAUUCACAGUAUCAUUUCCUCCAUUGAUUGGAUACGCCAGCUUGAUGACGAUCGCUGGAUUUGUUUACGGAUUUCCCAAUGGAUGGUACAUCGCAGCGACUGCCACCGUCGCCGGCAGCACCGCCGCCUUCAUAGUGUCCCGCAGCGUCCUCAAGAACAUGGUCCACCGCCUGAUCGCAAACGACAAGCGGUUCGCGGCCCUCGCCCUGACCCUCAAGCAUGACGGCCUCAAACUCCUCGUCAUGAUCCGCAUGUGCCCGCUCCCCUACUCCCUCUCCAACGGCGCCGUCGCAACCUUCCCAACCGUCCACCCGGCCUCCUUCGCCGCCGCCACCGCAAUCGUCACCCCGAAACUCAUGCUCCACAUCUUCAUCGGCUCGCAGCUCAACAAGAUCGCCGACAGCGGAGGCAAGAUGGACCCGAAGACCAAGGCCAUGAGCUACAUCAGCAUUGCGAUCGGUGCGAUCGCCGGCAUCGCAACAGGCUGGUUCAUGUACAAGAAGACGAACGAGAGGGCCCGGCAACUCGAAGCCGAAGAGCGCGCCGGCAUCCGCAGGACCUCCAUCGAGGACCUCGAGAACGAGUACGCAGACGACCCGGACGCCCUCGAGGCCGCGCAAUCCCUCCGCCAGGACGAAGACGACAUCAGUCUUCGCUCCGGGUGGGGCGGCGAGUACCACGAUGAGCCUGCGGACGUGGACGACGCUCUCGAACUCCCGGACGACCCGUUCCGAGACGGAGACGGAGACGACGAAGAGCAUGAUGACCAAAGCCCCGGUCGUCAGUGA